CUUCCGGACUACAAAUCUGCGUUCUCCUGCACUUCCCAGGACCAAAACAACAACAACAACCACAACACUUGAGUUUGGCUUCAGGGGAAGUGGCAGAGAGUUUCUUUCUACGUUACAACGUACGGAAGGUGCGGAGGAGUCAACUCGGGUGAAAGAAAGAUGGACGCCUGCGCCAACGACCGGUUUGAGACCCAGACACGGACCGCGGUGGAGGUGUCCGUCCGGGCCACCUUCGCCGCGCUGGGGCGGGACGGUGCCGCGGGCGGAGGAGGCGGGAAAGCAGCGACGACGACGUGUCUCCAAACCCUCCGGGAGCUGGGGAGAAAUUUAACCGCCAAAAUAACCGAGCUCUACCGAGACGCGUCCUCCGGGCUGCUGCGGGAGAACCGGGCUCUGAGGGCGAAGGUGGGGCAGCUGGAGGCCGAGCUGAAGAGCAACCUCGCGGCCGGCUUUCAGCUGGAGAGUCGGCUGCGGAGCCAGGUGGGCCGGCUGAGGAGGGAGGCGGCUCACCUGGACCGGGAGGUGAAGAGGACGAGAGAGAGAGCCGAGAAAAACCGGGAGCUGCUGGAGACCGAGAGGAGGGAGAGGACUCUGACCGGGCCGGUCCAUGUGCUGCUGCAGGGCGGAUCAGUGCUCGGGAGCCCCGUUGUGUCCCUGUACACCAAUCAGAUGGUGUCGGACCCUGCAGCUCUGUCGGUGGCCAUCCUGAGCUCUUCAGUGGCCACAGGUCAGACCUGGGCUCAGCGCUCUGCCCCUCUGAUGGUGACAAGUCAGCCUCUGCCCAACCUCACCUCCGUGCCUGUCAAUCUUCACCUGACACCUCAGGACGCUGCUGCUGCUGCUGUACUGACCAUGACACAGACUUCCCAGAACCCCCUGCAGUCUGCACCGACAGCGAACAGUCAGGUGACCCCCGAUCUUCAAACCUCACUGAAGGCCACGGGGAAGGCUGCUGACGGUCCACCGGGUUUCACGGCGGAGGAGAACAAACCCGUGGCCUCAUCAGGGGUCACCUCUGAAACUCAGGGAACCUUGACCAAGCUCAGCGAGGACAAACCUGAAGAGGCUGGAGGAAAGUCAGCAGGCCUCGGGAAGGGUAACAGCCAGGAGAAAAACCGAAGGAGGAAGGAGAAGAAUCAGCAGAAGCGAGUCUUCUGUGAGAAAUGCAACAAAGGUUUCCACUACCGACAUCAGCUGAAGCAACACAUGAGCUGUCACGACAAGCCUUUCUCCUGCGACCAGUGCGACAAGCGCUUCCACGAGGAGAAGACUCUCCAAACUCACCUACAGGCCCACAAGGUGAGAACGGCAAGAGACAGGAAAAGUCAGCAAAUGUGGCCUUGUAGCCAGUGUGACAAACAAUUCAGACUCCAGAAAAACCUCGAAGCACACCUGCUACGCCAUCAAGCGCAGAAAAUAUCCUUCAAGUGCUCUGUUUGCGAGAAGACGUACGGUAAGCUGCGUCUGCUGAAACGACACGAGGCCGUCCACACCGGGGUCCGGCCCUUCAUCUGCGACACCUGCGGGAAACGGUUUACCACCAAGAGCGUCCUGCAGGAGCACCGGUCCAUUCACAGCGGAGAAAAACCUUUCACCUGUGCCACCUGUGGGAAGACUUUCAGGACAUCUGCCCAUCUGUUUUCUCACAAGAGAGUGCACUCGGAGGAGCGGCCGUUCAAAUGCUCCGACUGCGGCAAGGCGUUCAAGCUGAAACGAGCUCUGGUGCAGCACCAGAUCGUCCACACGGGGGAGAAACCCUUCGUCUGCCAGAUGUGCGGAAUCGGAUUCGGCCUCAAGAACAACCUCCAGAGACAUCUCCGUGUCCACACAGGUGAGAAACCUUUCAGGUGCGAGGAAUGUGGGGAGCAGUUCUCAGGGACAUGGGCGUUCAAGACCCACAUGCUGGUUCACGGCGCCAAGAAACCAUUUAUGUGUGACCUGUGUGGGAAGAUGUUUUUCUACAACUCUAAACUGCUGGAGCAUCAACAGGUGGUGCACCAGGACCAGGAGAUGUUACAGAAUCAGCAGAGAGAAAAACCUGCAGGCCUCAAAUCCUUCAGCUGUCCGGUCUGUCAGAAAUGUUUCUCCAGCGCCAGCACUUUGAGAGUUCACGAACAAAGCCACACAGAAGAAAACAAAUUAAUCUGCGCUACCUGUGGGAAGUCUUUCCACCGAAAAUGUACGUUUGUCUACCACAUGCGACGUCACGGUGAGGAGAAGCUCAACAACUGCGGCGUGUGCGGCAAGAGAUUCCUGCAGCCGAGCCGUCUAAAGGAGCACAUGACGCUCCACACCGGAGAGAAAAGGUACACGUGCGAGCAGUGCGGCAAAGCCUUCAGGACGCGCAACAACUUCUACCGACACGCUAAACUCCACAGAGGAGAGCGGCCGUACGAAUGCCAGGUCUGCAGCAGUAAGUUCAGCCAGUCCAACCAGCUGAAGUCGCACAUGCGGAUCCACACCGGGGUGAAGCUGUACUCCUGUGACCGCUGCAGUCGGGGCUUCUCCAGCUGCAGGCAGCUCAAGAAGCACCGCUGUGGUGACGGCUUUCAGAGAUCGACGCUCAGCACAGGAAGUAGCAGAGCGCCGACGUGACCUGAGCGAUUUUUCCAAAAAAAAAAAAAAAGUCCUCAUUUGAAGUUUACUUCUUCUUUGGUUUCAAGAAGAAAUGUGGUGCAGAUGUUUUUGUUUCUCUCAGGAUGAAAUGUAAUAACUUUUGGCGACCCUCUUGACUUUUCCUCUGGCGCCAUCAUCAGGUCAACAUUUCAAUUUGUCCAAUAUUUAGAUAAAAUAAAAUGGCAAACAUGGAAAACACCUGCUUAAAGUGAGACUAUGCAACGUUUGCUGAACAGCGGUUGUUAUGAGAGUAUUAUCAGAUAAUGGAAAACGCUAAAAUACUGCGUAGUUAAACUAAUGUUUAGCAUUUAUCUAAAAUGCUAAGCUGUUAUAACAGUAGAGCAAAUGGAAAAGAGCCUUAACAACACAAAAACUGACUCAGUAAUGUGUGUUACAUGGCAAUUUUGGGCUGUAGCGGCAAACACCACUGAUUGUGCAGGAUUGAGCAGCGGUCAUAGAGCAACGAUUGAUCUUAGCUCAAGGCCCCACCGUGCCUAAUGUCGUUUUUUACUGUUUUUGUAGUUGUCACUUAUCAUUCCUAUCUCUUAUGCUAACAUUUUACCCAACUUCAGUGCAAGGACACAGCGUUACAGUGGAGUCCAAAAGUCCAACAGGCAAGUGUGUGAGGAAAAAACAAGAACAAAACAACAAUCACUCGUGAAUAAGACCUCUGCAGUGGCACAGUGUCGGAGUCAGAGAAGAAAAGGCUCAGGUAAAAAAAACAACUCAGGGUUGGACUGGCAAAGAUGAACCUGCUGGAUAAUGUGGUAUUAACCAGCCAAUCGGAUAUGCUACACUCUGGAGGGUGUGGUUCUGCUCUCUACCUGCUGAUCGAGGAUAAAAUGGUUGCCACUGCGAUUUAUUUCUCAGUAAAAAACAUAAGUAUGCAGUUUAUUUUAAGU